GCAGGCAAACCAUAUUACCAGCAUCGGCCAUUAAAACUCUUCCUACACCAAGCGUGGGCUGACUUCACCCCCUCCUCUCUUUGCACACACCCCACCACCCACCCUUCAAUUCUCAAAUGCUUAAAAAAAAAAGAGAAGAGAAAGACACCGAAAAAAGAAAACAGGAUCCUUCUUUUGUUUCAGCGCUAUUCCAGAGAGACCUGAACCUUUCCACCUGCCUGUGAAUUGGCCACCUAAAGGUUGUUACUGUGACACCAAUGUAAAAAAAAAGAAAAAACCAACUUCCUACUUCUAAUCUGUUUCAAGUCUUUGUCCUCAUUUCUUUCUGCUUGCAUCAAGUAUUGACAGAAAUGAGACUUCUUUUGCUGAAAUGCCUGGCUCAAUAAAAGAUUAUAUCUGCAGACCAAGCCAGGGGACUGAGCACUGCAUCUGCCUAAAGACUAUGAUGGUCCUCUCAAUGGUGUGUCAAAAAUUACAUAUACAUGAGCACAUGGCAGAUAACCUUCGAAAUGGAGGCACAGAAACAGCCUGGUUUUAUGGUUGCCCCAGCAGAUCGACCAGUUCCAACCUCUUCCCUUCAGCCUGCACAAAGUUCUCCAGAUCUCAGCCAAGGCAGUGCUAUUCCUCAACAGGAACAAGCACUGUCUCAGCCUGUGUAUCUAAAAGCCCUUACCAUACCACUGUACCAGCCUGUCCAGGCAGGAUGCUUUCAGCCCAACAGUCAGUUAGUGGCUGGCAGGAGCUGUGUACAUCUAGACAGCAGUAGCAUACCUCUAAUCCUGAAUCCACUCGUUCCUUCAGAAGGCACGGAUCAGCCUCGGUCUGUUUUUCAGAAACAACUUGGGCAAACUCUAACAUUGAACAUAGUGAGCACUUUACCAGUUUUAUCACCACCAAAUUCUUGUGUAAAUGCAUGUAUUGGAAGCCCAGGAAAAUCCAAAAAAGCUGGGAAAUACAUCUGCAAACACUGUGGACGAGAUUGUUUGAAGCCAAGUGUCCUUGAGAAACACAUUCGCUCUCACACAGGAGAGAGGCCCUUUCCAUGCACCACUUGCGGUAUUGCAUUUAAAACUCAAAGCAAUUUGUAUAAACACAGAAGAACUCAAACACAUGUCAACAACACCAGACUGCCCUCAGACUCUGAUAACAGUGGCAUACUGGAGCACAAUGAGAAAUCAACAGAGAGCAUCAUGUCACAUCAGGGCAGCAAGGGAUUUAGCAGCACCUGUGAAGACAAGGGGGUGCAGAAGAAACAAAUGAGUUCAGAGACCAGUGCUGGAACAGACACUAAGAUACUUAGGAAUGACCUUUCACUGCCGACAACAAGCGAUUCAUCAUUUGCUUCAGAAAAUCACGAAACGACGAGUCAGUCCUUUAGUUCAAAGGCGAAUCAGGGGGUUCCUGAAAGAGAACCUCAAAGUUUAUCAUCUCCAGGAGCUUUGCCAAAUGGUCAGUGCCAGAGAAAGAAGAUACAGGAGCAAAGAACUCCAACUGCCAAUAAGCAUAUUCAGUUGCAAAGGCAGCAAGCAACCUCUUCAGAAAAGCAGUGGGAUUACAAGCCAUUUGACUGCAAGCUAAAGAAGUGUGAGAGCACUGACUCAGGGUAUCUGUCACGCUCUGAUAGUACAGAACAACAGAUGGCAUCAUCCAGCCCGUUGCAUAGUCUCUAUGAACACAGCACAGAACUGGAAAAUGAAACUGCCUUCAGCAGCCUAAGGUGUGCCUCCGGAAGCAGUGCAAAGCUAGAGGCAGCUGAGAAAGCUACAGCCUUGAUGCUAGAGAAAAAAAGGCUGGAAGAACACAUUUCAAAACUCAUUUCUCAUAACAAAAGUGUGGUGGAUGAUACUCAGUUAGACAACGUUAGGCCCAGAAAAACUGUCCUUUCUAAACAGGGAAGCAUCGAUCUGCCAAUGCCUUAUACAUACAAAGACUCUUUCCAUUUUGACAUCAGAACUUGUGAUGUAAAUAGGAGAAAGAAUCUUUCCCUCUGUUCAGCAAAAUCUACCUUUGCACCCCUAGAAAAAUGCAAGGCAGUGUUUUUUCAUUCAGUCCCUACCCAGUUCUCCACGACGAUAGAUACUGUGCCUGUUACACGAAGCAACUCUUUGCCGUUUGUGGAGGGCACAAGGAUGGCACCCGACAAAGCAGGUUGCUCAAAACCACUUUCUCUUACUAAGCAGUCUGUAAAUACAGGCACUGCUAGUUUGCUGCCUAGCAACAAUCUUGCUGCAAAUUCAGUGGAUUUUCCUAAUAGCCAUCCCCGAGCUCUAGUCAGACAAACAGCAGUGGAUGAUUUGCCACUAAGUAAUGUAGUCGAUCAUCCUCCUCUGUCGGAGGAGUUGCAAGGGAGUAAAAAGCUUGGGGCUGGAGAAGUAAUCAGUGCUAAAAAUAAGAAACACAAUCAAAGGAAAUUAAAGAUGUUCUCUCAAGAAAAAUGGCAAAUGUAUGGAGAUGAAACAUUUAAGAAAAUCUACCAAAAAAUGAAAAGCAGUCAAAAUGCCAGGAAAAUUAAACCAAGGGGGAAUAUUACAAGCUUAACUCCUGACUCAAAGGAAUCAGCCAGCAGUACUGAAAUUACUGAGGACAGAGACAGCAGGAGCUCUGUAAGUGACAGUCUGUCCUCCCUUGUGACAACAGCUUUAAACACCAGUAAAUCAGAAACCUGUACUAAUGGUAAUCAUAUUCUACAGAAUGUGUCCUCCGAGGAAACUGCAGACAGUGUAACCUACAUAAUGGAGACAUCACAUUCAGUAAAUGCUAGUGCACGUACUGAAAUGAGCAAAACUUCCCAAGACCUCGGCAGCAGUAACACAGAUAAAUACACAAGUGCCAACAGUGCAUUACUAGCUCCAAGCAGUUGUGAGCUCAGAGUUCAAAAUACUCAGUGUCAGCUGAAUACUAACAGAAGGAGCGAUGACUGCUUGCCAGUACAGAGUAGCAAAUGGGACAAACCAAGCCCUGGGAAAGAAUCCAGUCCAUUUGAAUCAGAUUUUAAAAGCACUUCAAACAAUUAUGGAAACCAUGGCAGGAAUAAGGAAACUGGCCAGCAUGCCCUGACACCGCCAUGGGUCCAUUGCAACAACAGAGAAGCUGCAGAGAAAUCCCAGAAUUUACCAUCAGAAAGAAAAAAGCUGAAAUUUGAAGUGGAGCAGACACAAAAGAUUAUUUCGAAGUCCUGUCCUAGUCCCAGUAGUGAAAACAAUGCAGUAAGUGAAGCAGAGAGAGUCUGUUGUGCUAGCACUCAGUGUCUUUCCACAGCACCAGUGAAAUUCUCCCGUAAAGCAGAGGAGCAAAAAUUAAGCACAGGAAUUAAUGAAUCCACUGGAGGUACAAAGAGUGUGGAGUAUAUGAAAACAAUCAAACUCCCCACAAAAGCUCUCAAUGAUAGCGAUGGUAACGUUUCACAUUCAGCAGGUAUCUCAAAAGCUUCAUUUGUGGGAUUUUUAGGGCCUGAAUUAAGGGGAAGUGAUUGCACUUCUUUUCCCUUGCACAACGCAACAGAUAAAGAUGUCAAAACAUGUCUUGUGAAAAUGGGAGCAAAAGUACCACUUUUCAAUGACAAUGCUGUCGACGAAUCUUCUAAAAUUCAUCAUCUGCAGUCUGGUCAUUCAACUCCAGUCCCACCACAAAAUGCCUUUUGUCCAAAAUAUAUCCUUAAAUUGCCGCAAGACAAGAGAGCCUCAGAUUUGUCGCUUUUGCUUAAAUCAGAACAGAAGAUUACACCUUGCACAUCUGUGACAGACACCUUAACCACCCCUCCCUGCUCUUCCGACAGUGGCUCACUCAGUUCUCAUUCUAAUGAUGUGCUUUGGUCCCCCUUAAAAUUUGAAGUGAGACAAAAGGCCAACAAAGGAGAGCUGCGAUGGAACGUACACGCAAACUGGAAAACUCCAGUAUUUUGUUCACCAGUCGACUCAGAAACAACAAAUAUCUUAACCACAGCAGAUAACACCUUUUAUAAUCAAAACUUCAGGCAGCAGGAUAUUAUAAGAGAUGCUUGGAAAAACAAACAGAACAAAAAUAAAUUAAAUUAUCAAAGGCAAACAGAAGAGAAGUGGAUAAGCAUAACUACUUCCUCUAUACAGACCCCAAAGAAGAAAAUAUGCUUUACUUCUAUGUAUACAAGUGGUUUUUUCAUAUCAGCUGACAUCAAAGAAGAGAGGAAGGUUUUACAUCAUCUUUGCUCUGGAAGUGACUCUCUGAUAAUGACGUCAGCUUCUGGCAAGGGUGCAGAGCCAACAGUCCUGGGGUGGGACAGAGGUGGAAGUCCAUGCAUUCCUAAGGACGCUUCACCAACACUGCAGGAUACACAGCAUUCUCUGAGCUCAGCAGACAACUCCACCUUUUUUUGCCAUUCUUUUGGCUCUUUUUAUUGCCACACUCUCACCACCCACUGUAAAGAAUUCCCAGCCCUACCCCACAAUCACCUGACUUGCUACUCUGGCAGUUUAACAGUAUCGAGCAUGAAGAGCACCUUCCCAUCACUAAACGCUGAACCUCGAUUAACCUGGUGUUGUUUGACUAGAAGCCUUCCUCUGCCCGCUGAGCAGAAGGGGAAUGCAGACUCUGCUUACUCCUCCAUGCACACCUGUGACAAGGAAUCGAGCAAUGAAUGCACACUAUCAAAAUAUGAUAUUUCUAUUUUCAAAAUGAAAAAUAUUAGCAAGACUGUGGCAUAUGGCUUAACAAACAGGAGUUUAAAAACAUUGGUUUCAUCCUUUUCUAAAGGACAACAGAUGCAGGAGUUAAGCUCAGCAGCUCCUGGUGGUGCUUUCAAAAAUAUUUCAGAGCAAAAGAAGAAAACAGUAGUUUGCAAAAAGGAAAAACUCUCAACAAAUAAACUCAAGAGGAGCCACAAACAGAAAAAGAUUAAAGUCACCCCAAAAUGGUACAGAGGGAGGCACGGACAUGGAUAUGCUCAGUUGAAAAUGAACCGACUAGGCAAGCGGCACUGUUUUCCAAAUAGAACACUGGAUGCUUUGAAAAAGGGCUUUUCAUCACAACCCUGUAAAAUUAAUAAGUAUAAGAAAUGCCAUUCUCCUCAAUCAAAGGUACCAGACAAUUACCUACACCAGCAGAAAGACACAUCUUGUUCCACCUCAGACAAGGCACUUUGCAGAAGGAAAAAAGAAGGAAAGAAUAACUCAGGAAUAUUUUCCCAUACUGAAAAUCUAAACCAGGUUAAACAGAACGACAAAAUGGAUAAAAAAGACAUUUCUGGGCACAUCAGGGAACACACAAGAACAAACUUCUCUUUUCAGAACAUUACAGCUCCUCGGGAAAUAUCUAUGACAGCUCAUUCCUGUUCAUCCACAGCUAAUACAGCCAUGCAGCAAGGCAGCAGUGAUGUGGAAAUCUGCUGGUCAGUGACACAACCACGUGGGCCUCAGCAAUUGGUCCCAGGGGAGUCACAGCCAAACGUUCAGAGUGACUCAACAGCAUCUUCUUUUUGGUCUUACCCUUCUGAUUUUACAAAUACAGGCACAGGUGACCAACUUGACAGCACAAACUCAGAGACUACCAGUCCUCUUUCCUUACACAGAGAAGCAAGCCAGGAAAACAUACUACAGGUAGAGUCAGAGAGUCAAAGACUUGGUACAUCAGACUUGGUAAUCCAGGCUUCAGGAAGGGAGAAACCUCCAACUGAAGAAAACACAUACUCAUCUCCAAAAGAAAACUCAACUCCCAGUUCCCAGCCUGGAUAUUCAUGUUUAUUCGGAUCAAAAGCCGAGUCUCUUCCUGAGUCGGUCACAAGGGCUAAAUCAUCCAGUACAGAAUACACAGAGCGGGCAAACUUUUCUCAAAACAUCCUUGACCUUCACAGAAGCGCGGACAAGAAUGGAACCCACCUGCAGUCAAACAGCUAUGGAAGGCCAUGUGAAACAGCUACUACUACCUUUAAAGAGCCCCCAGUGACCCUCAGGUCCUCCGAGUUCCAGACUUACUCUGCAACACUUUCCAAGACAUACAAAAAAAGAGGUUUAGAGAUGAUGAGGAAGCAAACCAGAGUUGAGUAUGAAGACACUAGCAGUGAUGAUGAAGAUAGGCUCGUUAUAGAAAUAUAGCAAACAGGCUGCUACUAGAUGUUUGUCUGAUGGCCUGUUAUGGAAGGAAAUACCACGGAUGUUUGAGCUGUAGUUCUGAAGCACCUUAAAAUCAGAAAAGCCAUUCCUCUGUGCAAUAGGCAGCAUUCUCUUCUGAAGAGUCCUUUCCUUCACAGACUCAAACUUUUUUAAAAAAGCUAAUUUGAAGCAAAGAUGGAGCUGGCAUCACACAUUGAAAUGCAAGUGGUAAACCUGUGUUUAUAAGGGUUUCCAGCAUUGUUAACAUUCUUACCAGUCUUAUAUACUUCCCACAAGUGCUAGCUGCCAGUGGGUGUAUUAUUAAAAGGCUGCAGUGUAUUUAUUUACUACUAACAAUACUAUAGCAGCAGCUCCCUCAGUAUAAGAGCUAAGAUUUCCUGGAUGUAUUCUCUUUGAUAUACCCCUCUUUUCUUGUAGUCACUGCCACCUGUACUGGGAGUGAUACAGUGGCAUUAAGGGGAUCCGUGAUAUUGGAAGAGUCUGGGAAAAUGCUGAUCUUUUUCCGUGUUGCACAAAUGUCCGUGCUUCUUUGUAACAAAUCACACAAGCAUGCUUUGCUUUGUGUUUCGUGCCUUCUACGCCAAGAUCUACUCAACUAUUCUUGAUUUCUAGUUGGAGAAUAUGGGUGUUAGCUAUUGAUAUUUCCUUGUGCUAAAAUUUCUGACAAGGAUUUUCUCAUUAUAUUCAUCACAUUGUGCUCCAACCGAUGUAAUCUGGGAUGUUUCAUUUUUAUUGUAAUCUUAAGUUUAACUGCAAUGAUGCUACUUUAUUGAGAGUAAAGAAGCUAUAUGUCAUAGCUUGUUUUCUUUUUUUAACAAAGAGUUUUGUGUUACGAACCCUAAAUUUACUGUUUUCUAUGUGAAUAAAUAAUUAGAUAUUUUAAUCUGACCAAGUGUACUCACUUGCUUGACUAAACUUAGAAACAUUAAAAACAUUCCACCUUUACAUUAUAGUCAAAUUCUAUAUUUAAACUUCUACUGUUCUUAUAUUGUGAAUCAUACAUAGGGUUUUAUGGAUUAACCUACAUGGGAUAUUUAGAAUUGCUUUUACUUUAAUCACGCACAGGUAAGCUUAUAUAGAUCAUACUCACAAAGAAAUCUAUGGUACUGCACGAGAAAAAUUAAUGUAUGUGUGCAAAAAAGCUGCCAAAACAGCUAACAGUUGCAGAAGGAAUGGCAUCAACACUGGCGGAUUGUGAGGCACUGCAGAUUGUGUAUUUUCUUGACUGAUAUACAGUACAAAAAAUACCAUUGUGUUGGGAAUGAUACAGCUGGCAAGAAUGAUAAAGCUGUAGAUCUGUAGAUUGUUUUUAUAUUA